AUGAACUAUUCAGAAGACGGCGGGAGUCCACUCUAAAAUGAUUAUGGACAUCAAUCAUCUAACACUGGUGGCAAAGCUGCUAAUAAAGGAGGGUAGAAUGGAAACUAGAAGAAGAAUCAGUUCAUGACUCCAGCAGACUAUCUAUCAAGAGAGUAGGACAUUUACGGAGGAGAUUUGAAUGGACUUGAGGAUAUGAUUGAUAACUCAUAGGAUGAAGAGCGCCAAAUAGACUCACUAAAUGCAGAUCAUGCCUCCUCUUUCUUCUCAUAAUCAUUCAAGAAUCAGUUGAAUCAGAAUCAGAUCUUGACAGGCUUUAAUAUGAGUGACUGCACUUAGAACCUUUAAAUCAAGUAACUCUAGCAACUAUUGCACAAUGAGAAGUCCUCUCCAGAGCUUUUACCAUACUAGACAAUCCUUAUAGACAAAGUUACAAAAUUGAUCAACAAUUAAGAACAGUAAUUGUAGGCACCAGUCAGAGAUACCGAUGAUCGCUUUUUCUUUAAUAUUCACAAGAUGGAGUUAGAGAGAGUCAAGUAUAUGCUAAAGAGCUACCUGCGUACCAGAAUCCUUAAAAUAGAGCGCCAGGUUGUCUACAUAAUUGAGAAAGACUUGGCUUCACUCCUCAGCGACCCUGAGAUGCAAUAUGCCUGGACUCUUUAUGAGAAUAAGAAGAAUUAUUUCUAAGUCGCUAUGUUUAACAAAAUUCCCACUACCCUUAAUCCCUUUGAAAAAGAUUAAUUAGAAGAAAGAAUGAUAACUGUACCAAAUAGUUCGGAAUUCGUAUUCGCCCGUUUCCUCAAAUCUCAUGACGUCUUUCACUUUACAAAGGACAUUGAAGCCAAGAUUGAUAAGGACAAUAUAUAUUUCCUACCCUAUAGCUGGAUCAAGGAAUCGUUGUAAGUUGGUGAAGCAGAACUAGUUUGA